UUAUGUAAUUGUGUAAUAAUUUAGUGGUCGGUUCCCCCUGCGUUUCCCAGUGGAACAUUCCACUGUGUGCUCGGCUCUGACAGACCCAGGACAGUGAGGGAGGGUCAACAUGGCGUCCGAGCAGGAGAGCUCAAAUGGUCCUGUGAAGAAGUCAAUGCGAGAGAAGGCCAUUGAGAGAAGGGCCGUUAGUAAGGAACACAACAGUAACUUCAAGGCUGGAUACGUGCCCAUAGAGGAAGAGAGACUGCACAAGACAGGGCUGAGGGGUCGGAAAGGCAACAUUGCCGUGUGCAUCAUUGUCUUGCUCUUCCUGCUUGCACUCAUCAACCUUAUUAUAACACUGGUGAUCUGGACGGUUAUUCGGAUCGGCCCUAACGGCUGCGACAGUAUGGAGUUCCAUGAGAGCGGCCUACUGCGCUUUAAGCAGAAAGCUGACAUGGGGGUGGUUCACCCACUGCACAAGAGCACUGUGGGAGGGAGGAAGGACCAGGACCUUGUCAUCACUGGCAACAACAACCCAGUGGUGUUUCAACAAGGCAACACCAGGCUAAGCGUUGAAAAAGACAAAACGUCUAUCACCAGUGACCUGGGUGUUUCUUUUACUGACCCACGCACACAAACCACCUUCUUCAGCACAGACUUUGAUAACCACGAGUUCCACUUACCCAAACAGGUCAAUGUGCUCAAUGUAAAGAAAGCCUCCACUGAAAGGAUCACGAGCAACUCGUCGUCUGAUCUGACGAUCGGAGGUGACGGCAAGGCCAUCAUCCGUGGAAACGAGGGCGUCUUCAUCAUGGGCAAGACGGUCGAGUUCAAGAUGGGUGGUGAUAUUGAACUGAAAGCUGAGAACAGCAUUAUUCUGAACGGCUCGGUGAUGUUUAGCCCAUCGCACAUCCCUAACACGUCUCACGGGGUUGUGUAUUUCAACGAAGGCCUGGAGAGGUACAAGCUCUGUAUGUGUGCAGAUGGGACCCUGUUCAAAGUGCAAGUCAAAUAUCCUAACAUGGGCUGCCAGACCACGGAUAACCCCUGUGGAGCUGCUCACUGAGAGCAGGGGAAUUCCACAAGACACACACACACACACACACACACACACACACACACACACACACACACACCCCGACCCACUGAAACACACCUGUGUGUUCCUGAGUACUGAUAACACCCUGUACGAGAUAAAGUUCAUAAAAUAUUUUCUAUAGAGAUUGCUUUAUAGCCACAUAGGAGUAAUUAUUACCUGAAUGUGUGUAUGAUCUGGACUUAAACACAGCAAAAUCUUGGGUGUAUUUGGAUUUUAUGUAACUUAUGUUGCUCUAAGUUUACAAACUUGGCCAAAGAGCCACCGGUGAUUUAUCAUUGAUUCAUCUUGGCUAUUUUUAGAGUUUGUAAUGCUGAUUGCUCUUAAGCAUUGAGGUUUGAUGAGGAUUUCUAGUGGAUGUUUUACUUAAAGGCAGUAUUAUCCUUUUAUUUAUUUAUUUUUUGGGGGGAAUGUAUAACAAAUUUUCUCUCUUGAAUAUGGCAUAUGCUCAAACUGAUAAAAGCUCUUAUGGAAACAGCAGCCUUGUGGGCCAUGACGUACUACACAGGGUGUCUGAGAUAUCUCUAUAUAGUUAUAUGUCGGCAGCUGUAUAUAGCUCAGAUAUCCCAGAUUCACUUUAAAACAAACCUCAGUUCACUUACUCAAGAAACUGAAACGUAUUAAAAAGGGAUAAUUUGUUCACCAUUGUGGUUUAACCCUGUACUCAUAAGUCGUUUAACCUGCUAAACUAAACUGCUUUUGCCUCCAGUCAUACGGUUGAUAUAUAGUAGAAUGGCAUUAAGAUUUGCAUCCGAAAUGUUGUGCCCAAUCAGGUUUACUGUAUUCACAGUGCCAUAGGAUUUUAAAAACAUUGUGUGCUGAAAAAAAAAAGGGGGGCAUGGAUGCACUUCAAGAUACAAUGAUUUUUGUCAGUCAUUUAUGAAUUUUUUGUUUUGUGCUUUAUAUCAUCUUUGCUAAGAUGGAAAUAGAAACCAUGUGGUAUUUGAGUCGUUUGAUAUUUUGUGCAAUAUAACACAGUAUUUUGUUUGGCUCGAAGGUUUCAUGUGUAAUAUUUAUUUGAAUCAUUUCGUUUUCUUUCGAAGAUGCGUUUAAAUGAUGACGUUCAUUAACUUGUGUUACAUGCAUACAAGCAGCUGCAGUUUAAAAGGGAAUUCAUUUUUCAUUCAAAUGUUUGCAUUAAAUAAAUAAAUUUGAGUAUUAAAAAAA